AUGGAGGAGAGAGAAACGACGAAGCAGAAGAUGGAGACGAAGAAGCAGAAGCGGGCGCGCUCGGGGUUCUGGACAUGGGUCAUCGCGUCGGUCGCGUUCCGGCUCGCCCUCGUCUACCUCCUCAGGAACCUCCGCCUGUCCACCAGCCCCGAGGUCGCCACCCUCUCACCAGCAUUCGCUGCCUUUCUGGUUGAAGCAGUCGGUGAUGUCUCCCUACGCAGGUUCCAUGUGUCACAGUUCUCCUUUGCUGUUGCUCGUUCUCGGACUUCUCGCUGUCAAAAGGAUCCUUUUAUCUUCCCUCCAUACCACAAAGCAGCAAGGGAGCCUUUUGACUACUAUAUGUUUGGUCAAAAUUACAUCCAUCCUCUGGUUGAUUUCAGAAACUCAUAUGUUGGAAACAUUCCUGUUUUUGAUGAAAUCCGUGAGAAACUUCAGGAGGUGAAUAGUUCUUUUGUUACCCUUCUCCUUUAGAUGGA